AUGAAUACCGACGGGUUGCUUCGUGUAUGGUGGCGGGGGUGCGCUAUUUUCUCAACCAAUGUAGUCGAGCUGAGGUGGCUAGCUGUAGGGUUACAGGACUUGUUCCCGACUGUCGAAUGUUCGAAAGAGGCGCGAGUGUUGAUUUCCGCGAUCCUAACAGAAUAUGUCGCCGCGCAAGAAUUGCUCGACGAGGAGCACGAACCUCCCGUCUUUGUGCAACCCAAUGAUAAUAACCACUACAAAUUAGGUAAAAUCGGGAAACACAACAUUGUUAUGGCUGUUUUGCCUGACGGUGAAUAUGGAACGGAUUCUGCUGCUAGUGUGGCGACAAACAUGCUAGGUAGCUUUCCAAAUGUCAGAAUAGGCUUACUUGUUGGCAUCGGCGGCGGUGCGCCCAGUGGAAAGCAUGAUAUUCGUCUGGGCGACAUUGUGGUCACUGCACCUCGCGAUGGCGAAGGCGGUGUAUUCCAGUACGAUUUUGGCAAGACUGUACAGGAUCAGGUCUUUCAAAACACACGAUUCCUAGACCAGCCCCCGAGAAUACUUCGAACGGCUCUGACCGGAAUCCAGGCCCAGUACAAGAGAAAAGGGCACCAGCUCGAACAGAUGAUUGACGCAGUUCUUAAGAACCCAAGGUUGCAGCAGGGCUAUCAGCGCCCGCCUCCAGACACUGACAGGCUUUUUCAAGCUGAUUUUAUUCACGACCCAAGGGGCUGUGCGGAAUUCUGUGUUGUUAAUCCUACCAAUUUGGUGCCGCGACGCCAACGGACCGAGCAUGAGGAUAAUCCUGCCAUUCACUACGGCACCAUCGCGUCAGCCAACCAGCUAAUGAAAGACGCCUUUAUCCGUAACAAGAUUGCGUCGGAAAAAGGCGUACUAUGCUUUGAGAUGGAGGCGGCAGGUUUGAUGAACCAUUUCCCCUGUCUUGUCAUUCGAGGCAUUUGCGAUUAUUCCGAUUCGCACAAGAAUAAAGAGUGGCAAGGAUAUGCGGCCUUGGCAGCGGCCGCAUACGCUAAAGCCCUUCUCUUACAAAUACUUCCGGAUAACGUUAAGGCGGAGAAGAGAAUUAAUGAACUUCUUUCAAGUGUUAGUAAAAUCAUACAUGAUACGAAAGAAGAAGUGCAAAGUCUACGUACGACCAUACAUGAUGUCGGCCAGAAAACGGUGCUCAAUCGUCUUCCUGUUGCGGCCGGAGCCUGUUUCAACUCUCAUGCGGAGGAACAUAACCCGACCUGUCUGCCUAAUACCAGAGUCGAUCUCCUACACCAAAUACAUGAUUGGGCGAAUGACCCUUGCGCCGAGGCCAUUUUCUGGCUCAACGGUAUGGCUGGUACGGGAAAGUCUACCAUAUCCCGCACUGUCGCUCGGGAUUUCGCCAAGUCUGGCCACCUUGGGGCUAGCUUCUUCUUCAAGAGAAGAGAGACUGAUCGAGGGAAUCUCGCCAAGUUCGUGCCUACCCUAGCCCGUCAGUUGGCGUGGAGCAUCCCAGGAGUUGCACCGUUCAUCAAGAAAGGAAUUGAUGCCGAUCCAGACAUAGUUGGCAAGGCCGUGAGAGAACAGUUCGAAAAGCUCAUUCGGGAACCACUGUCAAGAGCAGUGGCAACGCCAUCCACUCCAUUGUCGGUCGUCAUGGUGAUCGACGCGUUGGACGAGUGUGAUCAGGAAGCUGACAUCAGGUUGCUGAUCAACAUUUUCUCGCUAGCAAAAACCCUCCGCCCUCAUCUCAGGGUGUUCUUAACGAGCAGGCCAGAGCUUCCGAUUCGACUGGGGUUCGGCGAGGUUCAGGGUUCCUACCAAGACUUAGUUCUACACGAUAUUUCAGCGCAAGUUGUCGAGCACGACAUAAUUGUCUUUUUGGAUGACGAGUUCAAGAAGAUCAGACAUGAUUUCAACAUGACGGUGGGCGAUGAAAGGAAGCUGCGGCCGGAUUGGCCAGGUCGCCCCAUAGUACAGAGUCUCGCGCGGAUGGCUGUGCCGCUCUUUAUCUUCGCAGCGACUGUUUGUCGUUUUGUUGGCGAUCGGAAACGCGAUAGCCCUCCGAUGCAGUUGCGUAAGGUUCUGGACUACGAGAUUAAAGGUCACGUAUCUCAAUUGGGCAGAACUUAUGGGCCGGUUCUACGCUCGUUGAUCACUGACGUCUCAGAAAAUGAUAAAACGCAGAUCAUCAAUGACUUCAAGAUGAUAGUUGGCAGUAUAGUCAUCCUUGCCAACCCUCUUUCAGUUUGGGCCUUGUCACAGUUGCUUGAGGUUGAUCCCGAGGUGGUGGAUAACAGACUUGACACACUCCAUUCAGUUCUCAGCAUACCUUCGACCCGGAAAGCGCCUGUGCGGCUACUACAUUUGUCAUUUCGAGACUAUCUCCUCACAAGCGAAAGCGAGCUCCGGGUCGAUGAAAGACAUACCCACCAAACCUUAGCGAAACACUGUUUGCGUGUCAUGCGGGGCGGUUUGCGUGAGAACAUAUGCGGCCUAUCUUUCCCAGGGACGCGCAGAUCUACGGUGGACAGGUCAGAGUUGGAGGAACGCAUUCCUCCACACCUCCAAUAUGCUUGCAUGCACUGGGUUUAUCAUCACAUAGAGGGUUAUCCCAAGCUUAACGAUGACAACAAAGUUUAUGAUUUCUUGACGACACAUUUCCUGCAUUGGCUGGAAUUGAUGAGCUUGAUGGGUCGGAGUACAAAAAGCCUUCGUAUGCUUAAAUCGUUUCGAGAUUGGCUGGAGCAUGACCAGAGCCCGAAUCUGUCGAGUUUUGUUGCCGAUGCGGUUCGUUUUGUUCAAACAAACAUUUCCGUGAUCGAUGAAGCACCUCUACAACUAUAUUCUUCCGCCUUGGUGUUUUCCCCAAGCAACAGUGUGGUCGGAGGAUUGUUUAAGAUCCGGAUUCCGAAAUGGCUGUCUUUGUGGCCACAUGUCGAAGAGAACUGGGACGCAUGCCUUUCAACGUUAGAAGGCCAUAGCGACGAUGUCUACUCGGUGGUGUUCUCGCACGACUCCAAGGUUGUGGCAUCGGCCUCUGGCGACAAUACGGUGCGACUCUGGAGCGUGGAGACGGGGAAAUGUAAGCAUGUGCUUGAAGGCCAUGGCAGCUCGGUCCUCUCGGUGGUAUUCUCGCACGACUCUAAGGCUGUGGCAUCGGGCUCUGGCGACAAUACGGUACGACUCUGGAGCGUCGAGACGGGGGAAUGCAAGCAUGUGCUUAAAGGCCAUGGCGACUCGGUCUUCUCAGUGGUCUUCUCGCACGACUCUAAGAUUGUGGCAUCGGCCUCUUUCGAUUAUACGGUACGACUCUGGAGCGUGGAGACAGGGAAAUGCGAGCAUGUGCUUGAAGACCAUGGCGACGUUGUCGACUCGGUGGUAUUCUCGCACGACUCCAAGGUUGUGGCAUCGGCCUCUCGCGACAAUACGGUACGACUCUGGAGCGUGGAGACGGGGGAAUGCAAGCAUGUGCUUAAAGGCCAUGGCAGCUCGGUCGUCUCGGUGGUAUUCUCGCACGACUCCAAGGUUACGGGGGAAUGCAAGCAUGUGCUUAAAGGCCAUGUCGGCUUGGUCCACUCGAUUGUAUUUUCGCACGACUCCAAGGUUGUUGCAUCUGCCUCUGACGACAAUACGGUACGACUCUGGAGCGUCGAGACGGGCCAGUGUGCUCGGGUGAUUCAACACACAUCGAGAACGUGGGAGUUCUACGUUGAGGCAUCGAGAAUGUGGACGUUCUACUUUACAGCCGAUAAUACCAGCCUAGUCACAGAUACUGGGUUGCUUUCUGUCACUUAUGUACCAACGACCCAUACACAGUCUCCCAUACUGUCGAGCUCCCCAUCCAUCCCUGAAUUCGACAUCGAUAGCGAUAUAUCUUGGAUUUUGUACGGUGGAAAGGAGUUGUUUAGGCUACCAACAGAGUGUCGUCAUGGUCGAAUCGCGAUUUCAGGGAACAAUGUUGUUGUGGGUUGUGAUUCAGGAAGAGUCGUCGUCUUAUCGUUCUCUCUUAGUGGUCUUAGAAGGUUGGCGAAGUGAAAUGAGCCAAAGUGAUUAGUUAGGUCUGCGCGUAGAUGACCGCUUACUCCAGUAGGCAAAUUCGACUUGGGGUUCAAAGCC